CCAUAUUUACAGAAAUAUAAUUAAACGUUUAUGUUUUCGGCUGAAGGACUUUGUUUCCAUGGCCAGCAAUAAAUUAAAAAAAAAAUUGUUGGUUAUGUGCCACAAACUAAUAAGAGAUUAAGAGAUACCAUUACAAUUUGUAGUUUGUGAGAGAUACUACGUAAUGUGCCUACAUUUAGAGUUUAGGUAUUCCUGUAAGUUGUACCUUGCAAAACUACUGAAUAUAAAAAGCCAAACACUAAGUUAUUUAAAAUCGAGAAAACAAUGGAAUCUUCACAAUUUGACGCCACUUUAGGCGGUGACGAACAUCUUCCAAACACUGCAAAUAGCCUGAAGUUUGCAGCAUCAAGAAGCAUAGAAAUCGCAGCAAUGACGGAAAGCAUACUUCGUCCAAGUGCCACCAAACUGAUUUUCCAAAACUUACCUGUCCAUAUGCGUCGUAGAGUUAUGAGCCACAACUGUAAACGAUUGCCGGUUAAACUUCGGCGAGGUCAUAUAGAGCAAAUGAAAAAGAGCGGUUUAGCUCCAAAGCAGAAGCGGCCAUCUAGAAAAUAUAGACGGCGACCAGCGAAUUUAUUCCAAGAGUACAGUAGGCGGCAGAGGUGCAAUGUUUGGUUAGAAACUCACAUCUGGCAUGCUAAGCGAUUCCACAUGAUUCAACGUUGGGGGCACCGCUUAGCAUAUUCGCCGUGCGACAAGGCAUUUCGAGCUUGUUACCGAGCCAGUUCUGCUCACUGCCUUUUACAAGAUAUUUCAUACUACACUCCAAUAGAAAUCUCAGGCCCUGUUGAAUGCAUACAACAAAUGUUUCAUUCCUUAACAAAUAGUUCUUGUGGGUUAGGAAUUUGUGCUAAAGCAUACAUUAAUGGAAGUAGAGAAGGUGCCAUACAGUUGUACAAAGCAAAUUCCUUUCCGUAUGGAUACAUAGGCAAAAUAUGCUUUAUUUGGGUGCCAAGCAGUACAUCUAAUAAAAUGUUAUGGCUAUUUGUGCAUCCGUCACAAGUCAAUGAAGUGAAGUCUGUUUUAGCAGACAUUUUGUGUCCAGAUUCAAAGACAACUGAACAAGAAAUCCCUGAAAAAAGAAGGAAAAUUACAAAUAUUUUUUUAGAGAAUAAUGAAAUUAAAUUUUUACCAGGAAAUUUGAACAGAUUUCGGUUGACUGGUCCUAAUAGUCACGCUAUUUUGUUACAUACCCUGAAAUGUGUUGAAGAUGUUGAGGUUACAAGUAAUGAAUGGAUAUCAAACUUACCAGAUAAGUCUGGAUUACAUCUUAAAGAAAAGCAUGAUUUGUGGCAAAAGCUUAGUCUAGCCAGUUCGCCAUCACAGUUGCCUUCAAAAAUUGUUAUUGGUUUGAUUGUGAAAGACCCCCGUUUAAGUCGACCCAAGUGUAGAACAAAGGCUAUUGUAAAUGGUACUGUGUUAAAACCAGAAACUAUAGUCAACAUUCCUGAAUAUGCUGCAAUGUCUCCUCUUUGGGAUACACAAAUACAUGAAAAUAUUAAAAAGAAAAGACUAACCAAUGGUCAGUUUAUACAACAUAUUACCAAAACUCAAUUGGUUCCUGGAGAAGUGUGUGAAGAAGAUCCAGUUUUGCAGCAUGUUCCUGUGGUAUUAAUACAGAGACCAGGAUCACAAAAUUCUCAAUUUAAGAAAGUUGGCUAUGGCAGUGGCUGGGACAUAAUUGUCCCGUCAGGCUACAGUCUCCCUUUCUGGCAGACAUUCAUUAUGUUCGGUGGAAGAUCAGGAGGUCUCAGAGAAACGGAGAGCUUAGCCUUUGAAAUGGGAGAAAGUUACUUACCUCCAGAUUCAAAUGCAGGUGAGGAAGAAGAAAAACGAAUAGAAUCUGAACUGAGGGAAAGGUACUUCAAGCUACCGCCAAGCAAAAGGGUGAAUUACACAAAACUCGGCGCCAUAAGUCCUUUUAUUUGUCCUUGGAAGGUACUGCUAAAGGACUGGAGGGUACCCCAGAACCCUGAAAACCACUUUUUUGUAUUGAGAAAUAAGAACCUACUGGAUACAUUGCAGGAUUGUCUUAUCAAAAAGAAAACACUUCCAGUAAUGGGUAAUAGUGAAAACUGCCUAAUAGCAGUAUAUUUGCAAAUACUAGGCAAAGGAAAUCUAAAACGCCAUGCCCUAAUAUGCUUACCGCAAGUAGCCAACGAUUUGACUUCAAUGAAGGCGCUAUUUGAACCCCACCAUCCAGAUCCCUAUGAGAAAAUUAGGAAACAGAAACGAGUGCAACAUUUGAAAGAUGUCAAAAGGUGGCGAAAAACCAGAGUAAAGCUAAGAAAGAAAGGAGUUGUGGUAUCCAAAAAGAAAACAGUCAAGAAGACUAGAGCUGAACCCUCAGAAUAUGUUAAAAGUAUAAGGGAAUUAUGGCUACCUUCAGAUGUAAAGUCUAUCCGUUUCUCAAAUUCAAGAGAAAUCUUAGGCUUUAUUUCCCAAGCAGCAUUUAGCUUUUCUGAAGCAAAAAGUUGUGGUAUUGGAUAUGUCGCUUACAAUGCAUUAAAUGCUUUAAUACAACUUGGACAUAACAAAGUACUUGUUAGAAACACUACAUCUAGGAAAUAUAGACAAGCCAAUAUUCAAAUACUUAAAAACCUUUGAUAAAUAAAAAGUCGAUUUUCAAA